CGGGGGAGGGAGCAGGCCGAGCGGCGAGCUGAGGCGGCCGAGGGGCUGGUCCAGGCGCGGCCGCUAAGAGGAGACCGAGAGGCGGGGGCUGCACUUGACAACCAGCAUGCCGAGAUGGCACGCUUUGUGCCCUCCCCACCUCCAAAUUGCCUCAGUUACCAAUCAGAGGGCAGGCUUGGUGAUCAAGACUGGCAAGCACAUUUCAAGGUCCCAUGCUGUGGGGUUGAUCCAUCUCAACUUGAGUCAGAAGAGGCAGAAGUGGAUGUGAGAGAAAGAGACACACAGAGAGACAGAGAGCCAAAGAGGGCAAGAGACUUGACUUUAAGAGACUCCUGUACUGACAACUCCAUGCAGUUCGGAACCAGAACGACUGCCGCUGAACCAGGGUUCAUGGGGACAUGGCCGAAUGCUGAUACUAACCUCCUGUUCAGAAUGUCCCAACAGGUUCCACUGGCAUGUGCUGGCAGAGUGCUGGGUGCAGACUUUUGCCCAAACCUGGAGGAGCCAGACCAGAGGCUGGAAGUCCAGGCCAUCCGCUGCACACUGGUAAACUGCACGUGUGAGUGUUUCCAGCCAGGGAAGAUUAACCUGCGGACUUGUGAUCAGUGUAAACAUGGCUGGGUGGCACAUGCCUUGGAUAAGCUCAGCACCCAGCACCUGUACCACCCCACUCAAGUGGAGAUCGUGCAGUCCAAUGUGGUGUUUGACAUCAGCAGCCUCAUGCUCUACGGGACACAGGCGGUGCCUGUGCGGCUAAAGAUCCUGCUGGACCGGCUCUUCAGUGUCCUGAAGCAGGAGGAAGUGUUGCACAUACUGCACGGCCUGGGCUGGACCCUGCGGGACUAUGUCCGAGGAUACAUCCUUCAGGACGCUGCUGGCAAAGUACUGGACCGCUGGGCCAUCAUGUCUCGAGAAGAGGAAAUCAUCACCCUCCAGCAGUUUCUGCGGUUUGGAGAAACCAAAUCCAUUGUGGAGCUGAUGGCAAUUCAGGAGAAAGAAGGGCAAGCUGUGGCUGUACCGUCUUCCAAGACAGACUCGGAUAUAAGGACUUUCAUCGAGAGCAAUAACCGCACCAGGAGUCCUAGUCUCCUUGCUCACUUAGAGAACAGCAAUCCUUCCAGCAUUCAUCAUUUUGAAAACAUACCAAACAGCCUUGCAUUUCUGCUUCCAUUCCAGUACAUAAACCCUGUCUCAGCCCCACUGUUAGGGCUGCCUCCCAAUGGGCUGCUUUUAGAGCAGCCUGGACUGAGGCUUCGAGAACCAAGCAUUUCAACCCAGAAUGAGUACAAUGAGAGCAGUGAAUCUGAAGUAUCGCCCACACCUUAUAAGAGUGAUCAAACACCCAAUAGAAAUGCCCUGACUAGCAUCACUAAUGUGGAACCCAAAACCGAGCCAGCAUGUGUCUCCCCCAUUCAGAAUUCUGCCCCAGUCAGUGAUCUGAGCAAAACUGAACACCCAAAAAGCUCAUUCCGGAUUCACCGUAUGAGAAGGAUGGGGUCAGCCUCAAGGAAAGGAAGAGUGUUCUGUAAUGCAUGUGGGAAGACAUUCUAUGACAAAGGUACUCUCAAAAUUCAUUAUAAUGCUGUUCACCUGAAGAUUAAACAUCGAUGUACCAUUGAAGGUUGCAACAUGGUCUUCAGCUCCCUUCGAAGCCGGAAUCGCCACAGUGCAAACCCCAACCCUCGCCUUCACAUGCCUAUGCUAAGGAAUAACCGAGACAAAGAUUUAAUUCGGGCUACAUCAGGAGCUGCCACUCCAGUCAUAGCAAGUACCAAAUCCAAUCUCACCCUCACGAGUCCUGGCCGGCCCCCAAUGGGUUUCACCACUCCUCCACUAGACCCUGUCUUACAGAACCCUCUCCCUAGCCAGCUGGUAUUUUCUGGGCUAAAGACUGUACAACCAGUUCCUCCUUUUUAUAGAAGUUUACUUACUCCAGGGGAAAUGGUGAGUCCUCCAACCUCCCUCCCAACCAGUCCCAUCAUUCCAACCAGUGGUACCAUAGAGCAGCACCCUCCUCCACCCUCUGAGCCAAUAGUGCCAGCCGUGAUGAUGGGCACUCAUGAGCCCAGUGCUGACCUGGCACCUAAGAAAAAGCCUAGGAAGUCAAGCAUGCCUGUAAAAAUUGAGAAGGAAAUCAUUGACACAGCUGACGAGUUUGAUGACGAAGAUGAUGACCCUAAUGAUGGUGGAACUGUGGUCAAUGACAUGAGCCAUGACAAUCAUUGUCAUUCCCAAGAGGAGAUGAGCCCAGGCAUGUCUGUGAAGGACUUUUCUAAGCAUAAUAGGACCCGGUGCAUUUCAAGAACUGAAAUAAGAAGGGCUGACAGUAUGACGUCCGAGGACCAGGAGCCUGAGCGGGACUAUGAGAAUGAGUCUGAGUCUUCAGAGCCCAAACUUGGUGAGGAAUCCAUGGAAGGGGAUGAGCACAUUCACAGUGAGGUGAGCGACAAAGUUCUGAUGAACAGUGAGAGGCCUGAUGAGAACCAUAGUGAGCCAACUCACCAGGACGUCAUCAAGGUAAAGGAAGAAUUCACAGAUCCCACUUACGACAUGUUUUACAUGAGCCAGUAUGGACUAUACAAUGGCGGGGGGGCCAGCAUGGCUGCCUUGCAUGAAAGUUUUACAUCGUCUCUGAAUUAUGGAAGCCCUCAAAAAUUCUCCCCUGAAGGCGACCUGUGUUCUAGUCCAGACCCCAAAAUCUGUUAUGUGUGCAAGAAGAGCUUCAAAAGCUCCUACAGUGUGAAGCUUCACUACAGGAACGUUCACUUAAAAGAGAUGCAUGUCUGCACAGUGGCUGGCUGCAACGCCGCCUUCCCCUCUCGACGAAGCAGAGACAGACACAGUGCCAACAUAAACCUGCAUCGUAAACUGUUGACCAAAGAACUCGAUGACAUGGGCCUGGACUCAUCGCAGCCCUCCCUUAGCAAGGACCUCCGGGAUGAAUUUUUGAUGAAGAUCUAUGGUGCCCAGCACCCUCUGGGGCUCGAUGUCAGGGAAGAUGCCUCCUCUCCCGCAGGGACAGAAGACUCCCACCUGAAUGGGUAUGGGAGAGGCAUGGCGGAGGACUACAUGGUCCUCGACCUGAGCACCACCUCCAGCCUCCAGUCCAGCAGCAGUGUCCAUUCCUCCAGAGAAUCCGAUGCAGGCAGCGACGAGGGGAUUCUUCUUGAUGACAUUGACGGGGCCAGUGACAGUGGGGAAUCGGCACACAAGGCUGAGGCCCCCACCCUCCCCGGCAGCCUCGGGGCCGAAGUUUCGGGAUCGCUUAUGUUCAGCAGCUUGUCUGGGAGCAACGGUGGGAUCAUGUGCAACAUUUGCCACAAAAUGUACAGCAACAAGGGGACUCUGAGGGUCCACUACAAAACUGUGCAUUUGCGAGAGAUGCACAAAUGCAAAGUCCCAGGCUGCAACAUGAUGUUCUCCUCUGUGCGGAGCCGCAAUCGGCACAGUCAGAACCCUAACCUCCACAAAAACAUCCCCUUCACUUCCAUAGAUUAGUCCCAGAACGGACACUCCAAAUGCCAGCUCUCACCAGAUGGCCUACAUGUUUGAACUGCCAUAGCCAGUGUGUGCUCCCAUAGCGGGGCACAUAUGUGUGUGUACAUGUGUACAUGUCUACACUUGUGCACACACAUAUUUCCUUUUCUUUAGAUAAAAAUGAUAAACACUAGGUGCUUUUGAAUUUUUUUCUUUUCCUUUAUAGUUUUGGGAGAGGGUGGAUCUUUUACUUGGGGUAAAAACAGAAGUACCCCUUUCAACACAUACAAACACACACAGGAACACACAUAUAAGGUGUUCAACUAGCCCCAAUUUUGAUAGAAUAAUUCUUGGUCUUCUCCAAAGAGACAUUUUGUUGUACCUAUGACUGUUGCCUGCAAAAAAAUAAAAAAUAAAAGGGAAAAAAGAGAAAAGAAACAAAAAGGAACUUCUUAUAGUUGUCUUUUGUGAACUUUAAGGUUUUGAGAGAAUCUUUAAUUAAAGCAUGGCAGAUUCACCUGUAAAUAUUUAGCCUUGAGAGGCCAAUGAUGUAAAACAGUUGUAUUGAUUGUUGUUGAACUCUCUUUAGUUUUGACAGUUACAUCCAGCUGUUAGAUAUGCAGGAAAUAAAUAGUUUGCUGGCUAGUUCUAUUCAUUUUUGUUAGCAUUAAUGCACAUUUUCUUAAAAAAAAAAAACACAAAACAAAACAAAAAAACUCCUAUGGUCUCGUUUUGACUCCCUGUUAGAUAGAGUGAUGAAGACGUGCUGGCAUGCUCCGCAGCACAGACCUGAUUUUUAGUGUCCUGUACUAGUACAUAAACCCAGCCAUGCACUUUUUCAGACACUACAAGGGGAUGUGUAAUAUCCGUGCUUCUUUUUAUCCUGAAACUAUCGCCAUACUUCAGUGAGUAUCUUUCUUUCAAACAAAACAAAACAAAAACAACCCAUUUGUGUAAAAAUGAUCUGGCCAGUAAAGGGCACAAAUGCCAAACAAAGAGUACUGGUGUUAACACAGAACUGCCAACUUUGCACAAGUUUUCAGAAAAGAAAAUAUGAUUAGUCACUCACACAACCACAGGCCAACUUUUUGGCCACCAGAAAACCGCUUAAAAAAAAAAAAACAAAACAUGAAAAAAAAACCCAACCACGUGAUUCUUUUGAGUGCCGAAUGUUACUAGAAUCAAUAUUGCAUCCUUCCUCCAUACAUGCUAACUGACAUAAAAGGAAAACAAAAUAAGGUGGUGUGAAACAGCCAAGGCGUUUCUUCUGCAGAGGCAGGAUAAUAUUUCAGGACACAAUAGCCCGAAUUACUCACUAAAGAACAAAGCUGAAUACAGUAAGAGUUGAACACUCAUUUCCAAGGCCCUAACCCUUCUCCUUUGAAAAGGAAGAAAAAGUGUGAGCUGGCUUAGUCUGUUGUCUGGCUGUCUCGUUUUGUCCCAAAUUCUGCAGUAGCACUGCAAAGUCAGGCCUGCUUAACAGACCAAAUCAAAAGCCGAUUCACAGCCACUGUUCUUGGGAGCUCUGGAAACACGUGCUGAACUUGAACUGAGCAGCACUCCUCUCCGAGCGAGCGAGCGAGCGAGCGAGCGAGCCGGAGAAGGAGAGAGGAAGACAGGAUCUCACUGUGUAGUGUUUUGUGUUCCCCCACACGAAUUUGUCAGAGAAAUGAAAGGAAGCCUGAAACCAAGCAGUUGAGAGUGAGAACAAGGGGUGGGCUGGGGGGAGACUGCUCCAAACCUUUUUGUUUUGUUUCUGAUGUUUACAGUGUUGCCUGAGCUGGUUAACCACAUCGGCAGCCUCAGCUACCACAGCAUACUGACUAAAGGAUGAUAUUUACUCAACUUCGUCUACAGCCAGAACUGCUGGGGUGUGCUUGCAGAGGGGGUUCUGUUGUCUUUUGUUUUCUUUUUUUUUGGGGGGGGGGGGGCGGUGGGGUGGGGUAAACCCUAGUAUUUUGUCAAACUACAUAAUAGAGAAUGUAUUUCUUUUCUGCAUUUAAUGGCCUCAAACAUUUCUCCCAACAGUCUAAAACUUAGAAAUGCCCUUUGUUUCAAUUUUUUAUAUCAUUUCCAUUUUCAUGUUUUAUAAUUUUUUUUUUCUGUGUUCACAUCAGCAUUCACUUCCGUUAAAUUUGCCAAAGGAAACUGUUGAUAUGUUUCUGUUAUUAUUCCUGUGCAACUUGUUGUACCUCACAGUAUUUAUUUUUUUUUUCCAAAAUUAAGCAUUGGGGGUUCCGGAUUUUUUAUUUUUGAGAAUUUCCAAGCAGUAGACUCUUAGAGAUGAGCUAGGUGUUCCUAAAGCGUUAUCUUUGUCUCUUUCUGAAGACGCCACAGGGUCCCCUGGGUCCUUCACACGUAUUCCACUGCGAGGAAAGACCAAAAGCAUUUGCAGUACAAAAGAAGCUCUCAUACAAUGUCUGUUAGUGACAAAUGUUUACGUAAAAAGCUGAGGAAUUCGUACUAACUGUUCUCUUUCCUUGUACCUUUGAUUUUCCCAAAGCUUAGUUGCUUUACGUUGGUGUCGUGUUAAACUGAACAAACAGAUGUGUUCCUUUGUUUUAUAACAUACAAGCCUCUGUACAGUAUGUUUGUGAAAGACUGAACGAGAAUAAUGAACAUUUGUUUGCAAACA